AUGGCAGGUGCCAGCGUUGCAAACCGCAGCGACACUUCGAGUGCCCGCAAUGAAACUAUGAACAGCUCAGUCCACGGCCCAGGGCCGACAGCCAACGAAACGAAGAACCGAGACUCUGUGGCACUGGGUGAUACCCGUGGCCUGGUGGAUCCGGUGGAUGUAGACCCAGGUCAGGGCACCACAGCAGAGCCCACACAGACCUUUUGGGCUGCAUUUGUGGGAUUCGACACGACUGAGCUGCAACCCAUGGCAAGACGAGCAGGCAGAGCUGAACGAUUUCUUCCAAGGUCGGCCGCUGUUCAGCUGUGA